AUGUUAUACGGACUUUAAUGCAGAAAGCAUCCAAGUAUUUAAGUAUCUUUUGUGUGCACUAAAGUGAAUUGCAAUUAUGGCAAUCUUCUGUGUUAGUAAUGCAUAAAUGGAAAUUUAUAACAUAAAAAUGAGCAUAAGAAUUAUUUGAAUCAGCUUAAUGAAUUUGUCUAUCAGUAGAAUGGGAAGACAAAAACUGUGUUGAUUCCCAGCAUUAAUAGUACACUUUAAGAAUUAGAUAAAAGAUUGAAGGAAUAUAAUGCAUUGAUAGACAGAGAGGCAUAGGAAAUUGAUACGGAUAUACAACAGUUGUUGAAGAUUUUUUAUGAGAGUUCAGAGAAAGCAAAGAAACAGAUUCAGGAGAUAAUCAGAAGAGAUUUAUGUGAGUAGCAAGCAAAAAAUCUAAAUUUUAAAUAGCAAUUACAAGAAAUACAAUCUAAUGAGUAAAAAAGGAACGACAAUACCAAUUAUUUAUUCAAUACAAUAUUCUUUAGAGACCAAGAUAAGGAAUUACCCGUGUCUGAAUAAUCUUUAAUGUAGAUUAUCAACAAAAAUGGAAAUCUGAACUAACUACGAUGUGACAUUCUCAAUUGCUUAAAUAAUGUAAUUGGUACAUUAUAACCUACGAGUAAUAGAAUUCGCUACAAGAGUACCUAGAAUCAAAUGUAAUUAUUCAAUCUACUUAAAAAUGACUUCAUUCAAAGUUUGAAUUGUCUAUUCCAGAAACUAACGGAUCUCACCCAAGAGUUCCACACAGUUGAAGACAUGAAGCGUAGUUUGUAUUAGUUCGGGUCUUUAGAUGGUUCUUAAUCGCUCAAAUAAUCAUAAGUGGUAUAAAGGACUUUGGGAUCUUCUCAGUUCAUAAGCACAGGACACUAAAGCCAGAGAUUCCAUCGCUCAAAUAGUUAAUCUUAGAUUAUGAGUGUGAAGACCCUAGAAUCCUUCCCGCCCUUGUCUCAUAUGAUUUAAUCAAUUUUGAAUAAGAUAGGCCAUUUAUAGCCUCCUUAGGCAGAUUCUUUGUUGAAUAAUAUCGAAACAGUGCCUCCUUGUUAAUUCCCCGAUGGGAUUAUCUAUGAAGGUCAGAUUUAGAAUAAUUAGAGGUUUGGUUGGGGGAGAGCCAUCAUUGGACAAGACUAUUUCGAAGGAUAUUGGAGAGGUGGAUUGCCUUUUGGAUUUGGAAGAAUAAUUUUGGCAUCUGGAGAUUAUUAUGAAGGGUUCUCUUAAAAUGGUAAGGCAAAUGGUAGAGGAUAGUUUGUGUCUGGGAUUUAUUCCUAUGAGGGAGAUUGGGAGGAGGAUCAAAAACAUGGGAAAGGGUAAGAGAUAGUGUAAGGAAAGUAUGAAUACAAAGGGGACUUUAAGAAUAACAUGAAGUGUGGGUAGGGGACAUUGGUUGAUUUGGUGACAGGGAAUGUGUACCAAGGGGAAUUUUUGAAUGAUUAGUUGUAAGGAUAGGCUACGAUUGAAUAUAAGAAUGGGGACAAAUACUUAGGAUAUGUCUUAACGGUGGAUGGGCAGAUAAAAAGAAAUGGGUAAGGAAUCUAUUACUGGGUGGAUUCGAGGAAGUAUGAGGGACAAUAUGAAAACGACAAAGAGCAUGGAGAUGGAGUAUUCAUAUGGCCAGACUAAUGGAUGUAUAAAGGGUAGUGGUACUUUGGAAUGCAACAUGGAAAGGGAAUCCAAUGCAAUCCUUAAGGGAAGGAGAGAGAGGGGAUUUGGGAGAAAGGAUAGUUUAAUAAGUGGAUUAGUUGA